AUGGCCGAUUUCAAGCAGGAAGUUAGACGAAGCGAGGAAGGCCACGGCCUCCUCAACGGCGAUGAGAAGCGCGUCGAGGAAAGCUACGAUCUCGAGGCCGCCGCUGGCCCUGCCACAGAACAGCAGUCCGAGGCCGACAAGAACAACAACAGCAACCCCGUCGAGUACACCAUCUCACCAAACGUGAAAUUCGCCUGGUUGAGCGCCUACUUCUUCUUCAGCUUGAUCUUGACCCUUUACAACAAGCUGGUCCUCGGAUUUUUCCCCUUUCCUUGGCUUCUCACCUGUAUUCACGCCACGUGCGCGAGCUUGGGUUGCUAUGGUCUGCUCCAAGGAGGCUACUUCACCAUGUCCCACCUGGGACGCCGCGAGAACCUCAUCCUCCUGGCUUUCAGUCUCCUGUUCACCACCAACAUCGCCGUCUCAAACCUCUCACUUGCCAUGGUCUCGGUAGCUUUCUACCAGGUCCUCAGAACUACCGUCCCGGUCUUCACCGUUGGUAUCUACCGCGUCGUCUUCAGCCGUACCUAUGAGAACAUGACCUACCUCACUCUCGUUCCCGUCAUGAUGGGUGCCGCUCUGACGACCGUCGGCGAGUACACAUUCACCGACCUGGGCUUCCUUCUCACCUUCGCCGGUGUCCUGCUGGCUGCGGUCAAGACCGUUGCGACCAACCGCAUUAUGACCGGCCCCCUGGCCCUGCCUGCCAUGGAGGUCCUGCUGCGCAUGUCGCCCUUCGCCGCAAUGCAGUCGCUGGCCUGUGCCAUGGCUGCCGGCGAGCUCAGCAAGCUGCAGGAGAUGUUCUCCGCAGGCGAGCUCGCUCUCCCCACCAUCAUCGCCAUCGCCGGCAACGGUGCCCUUGCCUUCGCCCUCAACGUCGCCUCCUUCCAGACGAACAAGGUCGCCGGUGCCCUGACCAUCAGCGUCUGUGGUAACCUCAAGCAGUGCCUCACUGUCCUCCUCGGUAUCGUCGCCUUCGACAACGUCGAGAUCCACCUGUUUAACGGCACGGGUAUGCUCAUGACGAUGCUCGGCGCCGCCUGGUACAGCAAGGUCGAGCUCGACCGCAAGGCCCGCAAAUAA